AUGGGGAAGCAGUGGAGUGUCCUCCUAUUGAUGCUAAUUUUUUGGAGUUGCACUGGGGCUCAACAGAUAUUAUCCAUGCAGUUCACACGUAGUAUGUACAAUGCAUCUAUAUAUGAGAAUGCAGCUGCAAAGACUUUUGUUCAAAGUCCCAUUAAGAUGGGCAUAUAUAUGGUCAAUCCCUCUUGGGAUAUAUGGUAUCAGAUUGAAUCUGGGAAUCAGGCAAAUUUAUUCAAGGCUGAAAAGUAUGUUUUGGGAGACUUCUGUUUCCUACGAAUAAGGACCAAAGGAGGAAGCUCAGCUACACUGAAUAGAGAAGUAAAAGAUCAUCAUUUGCUGAGAGUGAAAGCAAUUGAAAGACACUCUGGGAGUGAGGCACAAACAACUGUUUAUCUACAGGUUCUGGACACGAAUGAUCUAAGACCCCUCUUCUCACCCACCUCCUAUAACAUCACCUUACCUGAAAACACACCCAUUAAAACAAGCAUCGGUAGAGUCACAGCUUCCGAUGCUGACACUGGCACCAAUGGAGAGUGUUAUUUCAGCUUUAAAGAGUGGACAAAUAUGUUUUCCAUUCACCCCACCACUGGUAUCAUAACAUUGACAGGCAAACUGGAUUACUCGGACACUUCCCUGUAUGAGCUUGAUAUUCUGGCCGUGGACCGUGGACUGAAGCUUUAUGGGAGCUCUGGCAUUAGCAGCACUGCAAAAUUGACAGUGUGUGUACAGCAGGCCAACGUACAUGCACCUGUUAUCACAGCUGUACCGCUAACGCCAUGGAACACUAUCCAAGACCCAACGUAUGCUUUUGUGACCGUAGAGGAUGACGAUGAAGGUCAGAACGGUGAAAUAGCGUCUCUGAACAUAGUAGCCGGGGAUCCUCUUCAGCAGUUUAAGGCCAUAAGAACAAGCCCCGGAAGCAAAGAGUACAAGAUCAAGGCAGUCAAAGAUGUGGAGUGGGAGGGGUAUAGUUAUGGGUACAACCUUACCUUGCAAGCCAAGGAUAAAGGAGAUCCGCCAAGGUUUUCCUCGGCAAAAGUAGUGAGAAUCAGGUCGCCUCAUGAAUAUAUGGAAGGUCUUAAAUUUGAAAAGAGUAUUUAUCAGGUGAGCCUUAGUGAAUUUGCCCCUCCCAAUUCCUCUGUUGUCAUGGUCAGAAUUACACCAAAGCAUCCAAACGUUAAGUAUUCAAUUCAACAUAAGAUGCAGCACUUUAAAAUUCCUUUUACUAUCAACCCAAAAACCGGACUCAUUACUACCACUGGGCCCGUACAAGCAGACCGCGUCAGUAAAUAUGAAUUUGAUGUAGUGACUAACAACAAACGAACAAGAGCUAAGGUGAUUGUCAACAUUAUCGACGUGAACAACAAUGCUCCAAAAUUUCAACGGUCAAGUUAUGAAGCCAGCGUCGAUGAAAAUGUUCCAGUAGGGACUAGCAUUUUAACAGUCAGUGCGAGUGACCUGGAUGAUGGAGAGAAUGGUUAUGUCACCUACAGCAUCAUUAAUACGACCCCUCAGCCCUUUCAGAUCGAUUACUUUACCGGUGUAAUAAGCACUGUGAUGGAUUUGGACUGUGAGCUAAUGCCAAGCAAGUAUUUUCUAAGAAUUCGUGCCUCAGACUGGGGUGCUCCUUUCCGUCGUGAAGCAGAGACCAUGGUUUCAAUUACCCUUAAUAAUUUGAAUGAUAACAAGCCACUGUUUGAGAAUAUCGACUGUGAUGUGACUGUUCCCAGAUCUUUAGGAGUUGGUGAGCAAAUCAUGGGGAUUUCCGCCAUUGAUGCGGAUGACUUGGGUGCCGUGCAAUAUGAAAUUAGAGCUGGAAACGAUAUGAGUAUCUUUGAUUUGGAUCCAAGCUCUGGUGUUCUAUCCCUUAAAAAGUCCUUAAAUGAUGAUGAGACAGCAAAACUCUCUCAGCAUACUUUACAGAUUACUGCCAAUGAUGGGGAGAUGUCAAGUGCAGUGAUGCUUGUGAAUAUAACAGUUGUAAACACUUUGAACAAAGUCCAUUCAAAGUGCGUUGAAACAGGAGUUUUGAGAGAUCUAGCAGGAAUGUUGCUUUUUGGCACUAAGCUUCAAAGUUACAAGGAACCAGAAGAUGCGUUUGCAAAUAUUCAUUCUAUCAAUAGUGAUGCCCCACGGUUUAUGGACUCAACACCUGGUUUGAUUGAAGUUAAAGAAGACCUUCCAGUUGGAUCAAGCAUUGUGCUCUUAAGAGCCACAGAUGCUGACAGUGGUUUCAAUGGAAAAUUGCUUUUUGUCAUUUCAGGAGGAGAUACUGAUAGCUGUUUCACGAUUGAAUCAGAUAGUGGCUUGCUCAAGAUUUAUGAACCACUUGAUAGAGAAACAACUAAUCGCUAUGUACUCAAUAUCACAGUAUAUGACCUUGGCUUGCCUCAGAGGUACUCAUCGCACAACCUGGAGAUCAAGGUAUUGGAUGUCAAUGAUAACAGCCCACAGUUUUUACAGGAUGGAUAUACUGUGAACAUUAAUGAAAACACUGCUGUAGGAACUGAUAUUAUUCAGCUUGAAGCAACAGAUAAGGAUUUGGGGAUCAAUGGAGUGGUGAGAUACAAGCUUCUGACUGAAACAGACAAAUUUAUUAUAGACGAAGAGACAGGGAUUGUCACAGUGAACGGCCCUUUGGACAGAGAAGUGAUUCCGUUCUAUUCUUUGAUCGUAGCUGCUCAAGACAUGGCUACAGAGGAGCCUCAGAUGGUCUCAACAGUACUGUUGACCAUUACCUUGGAGGAUGACAACGAUAACGCCCCAGUCUUUAUUCCCUUGUACUACCACAUCAAGGUGCGAGAGGAUAUUCCAGUGGGUACUUUGGUCCUCUGGCUGGAGGCUUAUGAUCCUGACCUUGGUCAGUCAGGUCAGGUGCGAUACAGCCUAACCGAUGAUGGAGACGGGGUCUUUCAGGUGGACAAAACCAGCGGAGCCGUGUAUCUCUCUGCUGCUCUCGAUUAUGAGAGUAGACAGGUGUAUAACCUGACAGUGAAGGUCAAAGACAAAGGCAAGCCAAACUCUUUAUCCUCAACUGCUGUAGUUGCAGUGGAAGUAGUGGAUGUCAAUGAGAAUUUGCAUUGCCCAUCAUUUUCUUUCUUUGCUGAUUGGGGAGGUGUGAGUGAGGACUCCCCCAUUGGUACAUCAGUGAUGAAAGUUACAGCACUAGACGAAGAUACCGGUAGAGACGGAGAAAUACGAUAUUCCAUCCGUGAUGGCUCAGGACUUGGGGUGUUUACCAUUGAUGAGGAGAGCGGUAUUAUAAGCACACAGGAACUUUUGGACCGUGAGACCACCAACCAUUAUUGGCUGACUGUUUAUGCUACUGAUCAAGGGGUAGUCCCACUUUCAUCACAUGUGGAGAUCUACAUCGAAGUUCAGGAUGUCAAUGACAAUGCUCCACAAAGCCCACAGCCUGUGUAUUAUCCUUCAGUGCUGGAAAACUCUCCUAAAGAUGUCUCCAUCAUGAAGAUGGAAGCUUUUGACCCGGACUCCAGCAGCGACAAACUCUCCUUCAAGAUAACUAGUGGGAAUCCUCAAGGAUUUUUUACGAUCAACUCUGAGACUGGUUUGCUGACGACGACGUCUCGAAAGCUGGACCGAGAGAAACAAGAACAACAUAUUCUUGAGGUUACUGUCUCCGACCACGUCAGUCCUUCCAAAUCUUCAACUGUCCGUGUGAUUGUGAAAGUGUUGGAUGAGAAUGACAAUAGCCCUCAGUUUCUGGAGAAGGUCUAUAAGAUUAAGCUUCCAGAACGUGAGAGGACAACAGAAUGGGAGCCUGUUUAUAGAGUGAUUGCCUUUGACAAGGAUGAGAGCCUCUUUGCUGAAAUUUCAUAUAGCAUUCACGAGGGUGAUAAGAACAGGAAAUUCUUCAUCGAUCCCAAAACUGGGUUGGUGUCUUCCAAAGAGGCUUUCUCAGCAGGAGAGUACAAUAUUCUCACAAUUAGGGCCUCGGACAAUGGGAAUCCCCAGAGGUCGUCCAUCUGUCGGUUGCACAUUGAAUGGAUUACCAGGCCUAAGCCUCCGUCUAAACCUCUAGUGUUUGAAGAGACUUCCCUCGCGUUCACGGUGAUGGAGAGUGAUCCAGUGGGCCAUAUGGUAGGGGUCAUUGAUACAGACCCUAUUGGCUCACCUGUUUGGUUAAACAUCAAAGGAGACCUGCUCGCUAAAGACGUUUUUCACAUCGUUCAGAUGGCUUGUGACCUCAGCUGUUUAGCAGAAGGUGGAAACGAUGACAGCCGCUUUGAUGUGGAAAGAGGAAGUGGAGCCAUCAUUAUAGCCAAAAACCUGGAUGCAGAGCAGCAGUCUUAUUAUAAUCUGACAGUUGAAGCAACAGAUGGAACCAGGGCCAUCAGCACCCAGGUCUCAAUCCAAGUGAUUGACACAAAUGAACAUCGACCAGAGUUUUCCCAAACAAAGUUUGAAAUAAGCAUUCCAGAAGAAACACAGCCCGGGGUGAAAAUACUGGAGAUCAGUGCGACUGACGAAGAUGAAAAGAACAAGCUGACAUAUACCUUACUCAGUAGCACAGACCCACACAGUCUGAAGAAGUUUCGUCUAGAUCCUGCUACAGGUUUUCUGUACACCUCAGAGAAAUUAGAUCAUGAGACAAUGCAUAGGCAUGUCCUUACUGUGAUGGUUCGGGACCAGGAUGUCCCCAUGAAGCGUAACCUAGCGAGAGUGAUCGUUAAUGUGACUGAUUCAAAUGACAACGCCCCGUGGUUCACCAGCUCCCAGUACUCGGCCAGCGUGUUCGAGUCGGCCGCGAUUGGCUCUGCUGUGUUACAGGUCACUGCUCUGGACAAAGACAAAGGCAGGAACGCAGAGAUCCUGUACAGCAUAGACUCAGGAAAUGAUGGAAAUUCAUUUGCUAUAGAUUCACUCUCUGGCAUCAUUACAGUUGCCCGGGAGCUGGAUCGUAACUACAGGAGUCAAUUUGAGUUGACUGUGAAAGCGUCAGAUAAAGGAGAACCUCCACUGAGGAUGUUUGCAAAAGUCCAGAUAACAGUCACUGUCUCUGACAACGGCAGGCCGAAAUUCCCACAGAAUACAGUUGCAGUAGAGAUUAGUGAGACUCUCUCUAUUGGGAGUUUUGUUACUUCCCUCAUAGCAUCCAGUCAGUCGUCAGUUUUUUAUCAGAUCACAGAUGGAAAUGUUAACAGCGCUUUUGACAUCAAUCCAAAUUCAGGUAUUAUUGUCACUCGCAGGAAUCUGGACUAUGAAACUCAGCCUUCAUACAAACUGACCGUGCAAGGCACGAACAUGGCCGGAGUGACUGGAAAUGCCACUGUUCUCAUUCGUUUAAGGGAUGAGAAUGACAACGUUCCCGUCUUCACUCAAAUGGAAUUCACGGGGUACGUGAGCGAGUCGGCAAAAGAGAGGAGCGUCGUUUUGACUCGUGAUAAUGAACCACUCGUUAUUCGUGCGACUGAUGCCGACGAAGACUCAAAAUCCAGACUAAUUUAUCAAAUUGUCGAGCCGUUCGCUCACAAUUACUUCACUAUUGAUUCCGGCACAGGGGUAAUUCAAACAAUUACCAGUCUUGAUUAUGAACAAAGGAGUGUAUUCCAUUUCACAGUGCAAGUCCACGAUACUGGCACUCCGCGCUUAUUUUCCGAGACAGCUGCCAAUGUGACAAUCCAAGUCGUUGACGUGAAUGAUUGCCCACCCAAAUUCAGCCAGGAUUUAUAUGAAGCGUCGCUUUUAGUGCCAACAUACAAAGGAGUGAAAGUAAUUUCUUUAAAUGCUACAGACGAAGACUUUGCAUUCGGUGCCAGACUGCUGUUCUCUAUAUCAGAUGGAAACGUGGGACAUAAAUUCAGAAUUGAUUCCACGUCAGGUGAUAUUUUUGUGCAGAAUGCCACACAUCUGCGCAGCAGAUACAAAUUGGCAGUUCGAGUCUCUGAUGGAAGAUUUACUGACACUGCGGUUGUAAAAGUGACUGUGAGGGAGAGCGAGAAUCACGGCCUCAAAUUUACGCAAGAUGUGUUCACCGCAUCCGUCCAAGAGAACUUGUCCGAGAGGAAAACCAUCGCUAUUAUUGCUGCCGUGGGCAACAGGAUCCACGAGCCUUUGUUUUACUCUAUCCUCAACCCUGACAGAAGGUUUGAAAUUGGUCGCACUUCUGGAGUGCUGUUUACAACAGGGAUACCCUUUGAUCGUGAGGAACAGGAUGUUUUUGAUGUUGUUGUUGAGGUUACAAAAGAGCAAAAGUCUGCUGGGGUUGUCCAUGUCCUGGUGAAAGUUACAGUGGAGGAUAUGAACGAUAAUGCACCCAUAUUUGUGAAUAUGCCCUAUAGUGUCAUUGUGCAGAUGGAUUCUGUGGUGAGUACAGUCUUUAGGCAAGUGACAGCAGUGGACAGAGAUAUUGGCAAAAAUGCUCAGAUCAAAUACUACUUAAAAGAACAUGAAAAAUAUUUUCAGCUAAGCCCCUCUGGUGAAAUCUCUUUGAAGAAAUCUUUUGAACCAGACAGCCUGAACACAAAAUUUGUGAUUACCAUUAUAGCACAAGAUGAAGGCGACCCAGCCCUCUCUUCAACAGCCCAAGUAUCCAUUACAGUGGUGAACAGAGCCACGCCGGUAUUUGAAAGACCAUUUUACAGCAUUGAAAUUCCAGAGAAUACACAAUUACACACCUCAAUAGCACAAGUCCAGGUUAAUGACUCUGUCGCUUCACGUGCCGUAUACAGCAUUUCCGAGGGAGACCCAUUCAAUCAGUUUUCCAUUAAUUUCAACUCCGGAGUCAUAGACGUUGUUCAGCCCUUGGAUUUUGAGACUCAUCCUGCCUACAAAUUAAGUAUCAGAGCAACAGACUCAGUGACCGGGGCCCACAGUGAAGUUUUUGUUGACAUAAUCGUGGAAGACGUCAAUGACAACGCACCGCUCUUUGUUAUGGGGUCAUAUAAUACAAGUCUCCCCGAAUAUGUUAUGAUCGGCACGUCUGCGUUCCAGGUGAUGGCCACGGACUCUGACACCGGGGACAACCGACAACUUUUUUAUCAGCUUGUGGGUGAAGAGGCCGAAAAUUUCAGAAUAGACAGUGAGAGUGGGAUCAUCUUUACCGCAGGUUUGCUGGAUCAUGAGGCGAAAAAACAGCACAAGCUGAUGGUUAAAGCUGUAGAUGGAGGAGCUCCCCCCAUGUCCAGUGAGGUCCAAGUGACUGUGUAUGUGACAGAUUUUAAUGACAACCCACCCGUGUUUACACAGCAGAUUUAUACUGCAUCGGUCAGUGAGCUGGUUCCUCCAGGCCAUUUCGUUACCUGUGUUCAGGGGUUUGACGUCGAUAGCUUAAAUGCUGAGACCCUGGAGUAUUCUAUUCUAUCUGGCAAUGAUGAUAACAGUUUUACCAUUAAUAAGAGUAGUGGAGAAAUAAUGAUUUCAAGCCAGAAAAAACAGAAAAUGGAGCCUAUGUACAACUUGAUUUUGUCAGUAACAGAUGGUGUUUUUCAAAGUUUAGCAGAAGUAAAAGUCAGUGUCGUAAGGGAGAACCGACACAAUCCCUCGUUCACACAGGACGAAUACCUCGUUGAACUCUUGGAAAACUCACCUACAGGUACUUUUGUAGUGAAAGUUGAAGCCCUUGAUGAAGACAUGGGAAAAUACGGUGAAGUUCAGUUUUUCAUUGUAAACGAUGCUGCCAGAGACAAAUUCUCUAUUGACGCCAAAGGGCAGAUAUUCACUUUUGAAAGCUUCGAUCGUGAAAAUCCUUUGGAGAGGGUAAUGUUCAUUAAUGUUAUGGCCAAAGAUGGUGGUGGGAAAGUGGGCUUUUGCACAGUCAGUGUGAUUCUCACUGACGUUAAUGACAAUGCACCUCAGUUCAGACUGUCUGAAUAUAAAGGUAGUGUACCGGGGGAUGCCCCUCGAGGAACCACUGUAAUCAAAAUAUCAGCGGUGGAUGCGGAUGAGGGAAGUAAUGCUGACAUUGCUUAUGCAGUCGACUCAGACAUUGGGCACUUUGAAAUCCAUCCAGUGAGUGGUGUGGUUGUCACAAAGGGAAGUGUAAGUGGAUUAGAAAAUAGCCUAUAUUCGUUUUAUGUGAAGGCUAAAGAUUCUGGAAGCCCUCCAAAACAAUCUGUUAUCCCCGUUUCGAUUAGAAUACUUCCACAUGAUGUGAUGACGCGGAAGCUUGUUGAACCUCUGCUUAGACUCGAAAUAGCGGAGGAUCUUCCCGUUGGCUCGGAGAUUGAUGUCGUACGAGCUCAGAGCAAAAAUUUUUUAAAAUAUAGUCUUGUCAAAGGAAACACUCCAGAGAGCAACCGAGAUGAUGCAUUCAUUGUUGACAGCAACACCGGAAAGCUUAAAGUCGCAAAACGUUUAGACUAUGAAACUACCAAGUGGUAUCAGCUGACCCUACAGGUCCAGAUAAUCCAAGAAGGUGCAGAAUUCAUAUCAAACGCGGAUGUAAACAUACUCCUAAAGGAUGUUAAUGAUAACAAACCCCAGUUCGAUUCUCACUCCUACCAGUCCUUCGUUGUGGAGAAUUCACCAGCAGGGACAUCUGUAAUCCAGAUUAAGGCCACUGAUCUUGACUCUGGGGUGAACGCUGAAGUUGUAUACAGCCUGGAUGAGAACCAGGACUUUCCAGAGGUACUGGAGCUGUUUGCCGUGAACCGUGAAACAGGUUGGAUCACCACUCAAAAGGAGCUAGAUCGGGAGAAGAGAGAUAGAUACAGAUUAGCGGUGGUUGCUGUAGAUCGAGGACAGGAGAUUCAAAUGAAUGACAGUUCCAUUGUGGAAGUGACAGUGGUGGACACAAAUGAUAACCCUCCAGUGUUUGCCAAGACAGUCUUCAAAAAGACUGUGAAGGAAGAUGAAAUUGUGCCAGGCAGCCUCAUCAUUUUGUUGAGCAUCACCGACUCUGACACUGAUGAAUUCAACAGGAAAUGCAGCUGCUUUAUCACAGGUGGUGACCCUCUGGGGUUGUUUGACAUCCAAUACACAGAGGGAAGCUGGGUCAUUGCUGCCAGGAAACCACUGGACAGAGAGGAGAGUGACUUCCACCUCCUGAACAUAACAGCUACAGACGGAGCCUUUGUGGCCAGAGCGACUGUUGAGAUAACAGUCCUUGAUGCAAAUGACAACAGUCCUGUUUGUGACAAGGUUCUUUAUGUUGGAACUGCUCCAGAGGAUGCACCUGCAGGAACACCUGUCUUACAAGUCUCAGCUACUGAUGCAGAUCUGUCUUCAAAUGCCGCAAUUUCAUAUCAGCUCUUUGGCAGUGGUGCUGAGGCUUUCAGCAUUGACUCUCACACGGGUGCUCUGUCGACACUGCUGCCCUUUGACAGAGAACAAAAGGAUGUUUUUAACUUUACCGUGCGAGCAGUGGAUGGAGGGAAUCGCUUCUGUCAAGCCGCUGUGCUAAUAACCGUGGAGGAUGUUAAUGACAACUCUCCCAAGUUUUUGUUGAACCCUUACCACCUCAGUGUGUUUGAGAACACAAAACCUGGAGCCUAUGUGGCGAGGCUGCAGGCUAGUGACUCUGACAGUGGAGUGAACGCUAAGAUACGGUUUUCAUUGGAGGAUUCUGCUGGAGGGCAGUUUUCCAUUCAUGAGCAGUCGGGGAUCAUUACUUUGGAGAAGCCUCUAGAGAGAAAAAUUAAAGCUCUCUACGCACUCAAAGUGCGGGCCGCAGACCAAGGUUCACCACGUGCACUCUCCUCUCUUGGCACUGUGCUGGUGACUGUGCUUGACGCCGACGAUCACCCUCUAGUGUUUGAGCACAGGGACUAUGUCACCACGGUUCCCGAGGAUGUCGCCAUGGGGACGCGGCUCCUCCGCGUCUUUGCUGCCUGCAAGGACGCAGAAGUUGACGCCAAGAUAACUUAUUCUAUCACUGAAGGCAACGAGCAUGGUGCCUUUAGCGUGGACUCUCGCACAGGUGACGUCUUUGUCAUUGAGGAGCUGGAUUAUGAGGUAUCCCAUGAGCACUAUCUGACCAUCAAGGCCACCGCAACAGACAAAUAUUCUCCCAGCGACACCACCACAGUCGCCGUCCACAUAACGGAUGUCAACGACAACGCUCCUGUUUUCAGCCAAGAUGUGUACUCAGCAGUGGUCAGUGAGGACGUUCAGCUUGGAAGCACUGUCGUAAUCGUUACCGCAAAGGACAUUGAUGGACCCUCCAACAGCCGGGUGCGCCUGUCUAUCGUCGACGGUAACCAGGGAAGCCCUUUCCUCAUUGACACAGUCAGCGGGGAGGUGAGAGUGGCCCGUCAGUUGGACAGAGAGAAGACAUCGGGAUAUGCACUGACAGUGCUGGCCUCCGACAGCGGAAAUCCCCCUAAAUCCAGCAGCACCGUCAUCUCCAUAGACGUGUCUGAUGUGAAUGAUAAUCCACCUCUCUUCUCCAGGGAUAACCAUAGCCUCAUCAUCCAGGAGAGCGUCCCCUUAGGGUCCGACGUCCUUCAGCUGAACGUGACGGACAGCGAUACGGCCCACAACGGCCCCCCUUUCUCUUAUACCAUCACUGAGGGUAAUGAGGGAAAUUUCUUUCAAAUAGAUCAGGAUGGAAUACUUCGAACAUCAGCACAGUUGAACUGCAAAGUCAAAGACCAAUAUUUCCUCAAGGUGCAGGUGGCUGACAGUGGGAAUCCUCCGCUGAAAUCAACCACAUUCAUCAGUAUUAGAGUGGUGCAGGCAAGCGUUUACCCUCCGUCUGUCCUUCCUCUGGACGUGCUUGUCUCUGUCCAUGGAGAAGAGUACGCGGGGGGGUUGUUAGGAAAGAUCCAUGCCACCGAUCAGGAUGAUUAUGACACUCUCACAUACAGCCUGCAUCCUCAGGCCCAUGGGCAGUUCUCCGUGUCCGGUUCAGACGGCAGACUGCUGGCCACCCGUGGGCUGGACGCAGGUGUUUACCCGCUCAACGUCUCCGUCACCGACGGACGCUUCACGUCCACGGCCAGCGUCACCGUGACCGUGCGCCAGGCCACGCGGCUUAUGCUGGACGACUCCGUCUCCGUGAGAUUCGCCGGCGUCAGCCCAGAGGAGUUCAUCCGCGACCACUGGCGCGGCUUUCAGAAAGCCGUCCGCGGCUUUGCCGGGGUCCGGAGAAACGAGAUCCACCUGGUCAGUCUGCAGCCAGCGGAAGACCCCGAAGGGAACCUGGAUGUUUUGCUGUUCUUCGAAAAGCUGAGAGGCGGUACGCUUGAAGCGCUUCUCCAGAAACUGAACUCUUCUACGGUGGCCAUUCAGGAGAUGGUCGGUUUACGCUUGGUUUGGCUCGGUCGGAGCCUGUGCGCUGGCCUUCGCUGUCCUGCGGGCCUGUGCCAGGAAACGGUCACCUUGGAUGAGACAGUUAUGACCACGUACAGCACAGAGAAACUGAGCAUCGUUGUGCCCCAGCAUCGCAGGACUGCACAGUGUCUCUGCACAGACGGAACGUGUUCAUAUCUCAGUAACCCCUGUGAUGAUCAACCAUGUCCAGAGGGCACUCAGUGUGUGGCUGACCAAAGAGAAGGAAAAUAUAUCUGCACGUGUCUCGGUGAGAAUGAGGGAAAGUGUCAAGAGGAAACUUUGAUGACAUUCGGUGAAAACAGUUACAUCAGAUUUCGUCUAAGGAAAGUCACACAGAGGGAGCUGAAGCUGUCACUCAGGUUGAAAACCUUCUCAAGUCAUGGCACAGUCAUGUUUGCCAGAGGAAGAAACUUCAGUGUCCUCGAGAUAGUGGGGGGGCGACUGCAGUACCAGUUUGACUGUGGGGGCGGGCCAUCAGUCGUAUCUGUUCACAGCGCUGAGGUGAAUGACGGCCAUUGGCACUCGGUUCAGCUGGAGGUGACGGCCAACCGGGCCAGACUGGUCCUAGAUCAGCUCCACACUGCGUCGGGCAUCGCGCCCGGCUCCCUCUGCUCGGUCCACCUGGGCAACCGAGUCAUUCUGGGCAGCCACGUCCAUCUGCUGAGCGCAAGGCCCAGAGGCGGCUUCCAAAUCACCAAAAGUCUCCAAGGCUGCAUGGACUCGGUCGUUUUAAAUGGCCAAAAACUCUCCCUCAGUUCAAAACCCCCCUCCGGUGCUGACAUUGAGGAGAUGAGUGGGGUUUCUCCAGGGUGUGAGGUGCCUUUGCCUCAGGACUGCCUCACUAACCCAUGUCUGAAUGGAGGAAGCUGCUUAACUAAGACUACUGGAGGUUACUACUGCAAAUGCAAUGAUGCAUAUGUGGGGACUCACUGUGAGGUCAGUAAAAACCCGUGUGCCUCUAACCCCUGUCUGUACGGAGGGACCUGUGUCCAAACCACAGACAGUUACUACUGUCAGUGUCGGGGGAAGUACUCCGGGCAGAGGUGUCAGAUUGCUCCGUUCUGUAAAGUAAAUCCAUGUCGAAACGGAGGACAGUGUAUCGACGGUCUGGAUGGGCCCGUCUGUGACUGUGGCCCAGGAUUCACAGGAAAACGGUGUCUCAGCGAUGUGAAUGAGUGUGUUCAGAAGCCCUGUCUUAACGGCGGUCAGUGCGUCAACACUCACGGGUCAUUUGGCUGCACCUGCGUCCAAGGCUUCGGUGGAAAGCUCUGCGAGGUCGACGAGUCGGAAAGAAUCCGACACCGCGUCGUCUCCACGCCUUGGAACAUCGGCCUGAAUGAAGUCGUCGGAAUAAUCAUUUUCUUGACAGCCAUCUGCUUUAUUGUCACGCUUUUUGUAAUUGCCCGUAAAAAACCGUGCAAGCCUAACAAGCCGGAUCCAGAUCAAGACGAUUACGGAGAAGACCACGCCUAUAAUCAGAGCACCUAUUUUCACCCGAAACCCCCACCAGGACAAUUUUUAGACACGCCGCCGAAAGUCCCAGUUCGGCCCAUCUCCUACACACCCAGCACGCCUGGCGACUUACGCAACAACUUAGACAGAAGCCCUGAGUUCAGUUCUCUGGGUUCAGACCCAGUGUUUGGGCUGCGGAAGCCUGUGGCCGUGUGCAGCGUGGCACCCAACCUGCCCCCACGUCCCACUUCCUGCUCGCCCACAGAUAUCGACUCCGUCCUGGAGCCUAACUGGGAAGAGGAAUACGGCGAGGAUUUAGAUUCCUGUUUGUUAAACGAGUCCAUGGAGGAUGUCUCUAAUGCUUAUUCCCAUGGUAACGGUGGAAACGGUCCAGAUCCUCACACUGCCAACUCCCAUUCGGACUUCAUCGAUGAUAACGGAUACCACUGGGACAACUCAGAUUGGAUUCACUGUGUUCAAAUUCCUGGAAUCCAGGGGCAUCUUCACUACGAGUUUGUGCAAAUUCCCUCUUCUACGCACUUUGAUGACCUUGCAGACACAGAGUAUCUUUCUGGAUGCUACGACAUUGAGAACAGUGACCCGCCACAUGUAGAGCCCCCUCCCCACCAUGACCUUCAGUCUCUUCCCAAGGACGAAUGCUCUGUGCCAGUGGCCCACAGAGACUCAUAUCCACCAACUACACGAGCGGCCACCUCUCACGUUCAACGGCGGCACGGUGGUAUCCAUGGCAACCAGACCACCGUGACAGUGCCUCAGGGUUCAACGCCAGGACCCAGCGAAUUUAGCCGUGGUGCGGAGCCCUUCUAUGAACCCUGUGAGGAGGGAAUCCACGGAACACCUUACAGUUUAUUACCCGACUCUGCUGACAGCUUGUCGGAUUUGUCUACCAGCGGCGAGGACUUGGGCCCUAUAGCCAGUGACAGUGAGAGUGUGGAAGAUGUCUUAACUUGUAAAAACACGGCUUCUGUCGGUGGAUGCGAGUGA